AAAACUAAGGUAAACUGGGCUGCACACUUUUUCAAUUCCAUCUCAAAGCAUUUGGGAAAGCCCAACCAGAAAUAUCUUUGUCAAGGACUAUACCUUGGACAUAUUUUGGAGUCUAUGGGUAUUGCUUCUAAAGGAAAGAAGUAUGGAGAAAGAUACUGGCUAUACUACUUAUCCUCCAAAGGAGAAAACAGAGCCAGUGUUAGUGCCACUGCAGAAAAUAGCUCAUUAGAUAAUGUCCUACUCAUCCAUAUGGCAAAGACUGCCAAAAGAAAGCAAGUGGUGUCCCCCUCUCCCUCCAUUGAAGCACCACAGAACCUUGCCUUGGUAUGUUUGGAAGAAGAAGAAGAAGUCUCGGACCAUGGAGAACUUCAAAGGAAGAAGAAGAGAAAGAUCAACUCUUCAUCAACAUCUGAAAAUGUCAAUCCGGAUGAGUUGAAGGAGAAGGAAACUGCUGAGGAAACCUCUACUCAAAACCGGAGCCCUCAACAAUUUGAAGAAGAAAUUCCUCAACUGAAGAAUGAGAAGAUUAUCAAGAAGUGCUUAGGUAUUCCAGUCAACCACAACUGUGAAGAUAUUUUGAAUGAUUACUGGGUAUGGCAAAAGAACCCUGAAGACCUACAUAUGGAAUACCUGGCCAACACACCAGUUUCAGACUGUGAAGCAGAUGAUGAAGACACUGCAGUCUUCAAGCCAGUCUUCUCAAAAGCCACAGAAGAUCAAAUGGCUCUCACUUCUGAAGAAAUAGCUGUUUUGGAAACAACAGCUGAGGAUUUCCCUAUCUUUCCGGAAACCUCACCUGCGUUUGAAAUGGUUCUGACUGAAACUGUUCAAGAGAAGGCAGCCUCUCCCCCACAAGAGCAGAACCAAGAAGCAACUGAAGAAGAAGAAUUUCAGCGACUGAUCCAAUCUCAAGUACUCGAGAUCCUCACAACUCCUUGUGAGAUCCCCAAUUUGACACAACUUGAGAUUCUGGAAAAGUCAGCAGAAAUUCCGGAACAGUCAGCUAUUCCAGAAAUCAUGGAGAAAGCAGUAGAAGUCCAAAGACACUCUGGAAAAGCUGAGAAGGAAACUCAGAUGGCAGAAGUGGAGGUCUCUCAAACUCCAAUAGCCAUUUUUGAAGAACCAAAUGAAGCUGAAGAUAGUGACUCCCUCUCCAGAUACAUAUCAAAUUUUGCACUUGAUGAAGCAGAAGGAGAAUCUGAGAGGACACUAAAGAUCACUGAUGACGAAGAUGUGCAAGAAGUUGCUGAAUCUCUUCCUUUGAAACUCUUUCAAAGGACAUCAUCUCCUCAUCAGGUAACCAAUUUUCACUUCCAUAGCUCUUCCACUCCUACUCUUCCGGAUGAGAUACCGGAAACCUGGACAAAGAAGGUCCAAGGGCUGGUUGAGUCAGCCCUAGCAUCUCAACAUGCCUCCUUUAGGCAAGAGAUAGAGCUAAUGGAAGCCAAACACACUGAGCUGAUAGAGAAAUCUGAAGAGAAACACAGCGCUGAUCUCAAGGAGAUAAGUAAAUCAGUAGAAAAGACUCUAGAGAUCAUCUCUCUAUUGAGUAAAACUCUCCCUAUUGCAGUCAACGAAGGAGAAGCAUCUUAUGUCCCUUCUCAUCUGCACAUGACUAAUCUGAUCCUUGAAGCACAGCAAAGAAAUCCGGAAAACUCAGCACCUAUCCAGCUCAGGACUGGAUGGAACAAAAUUUAUAG